AUGAGAGUUUUCAAACGCGCGGCCGACCAGUCGGCGGCUGCAGUUGGCGAGAAACUUCGUCGCGGCCGCACCGACAUCAAAUCGGCAGCUGAGGCGAUAGAGGGCUUUAAAGUAUGGACUGCGAACGCCCCUGCGGUUCGAGCGGACCCUGAACUAUCUUUUGCACUCUGCGUCGUCCUCCCCGAAUCAAAUGACUCCACGUUACACGUGAAGCAAAUUGAUCCGCCGGCUUCAGGACAGGACGAUGAGCCCUUUACUAUCGACAUCGAGGAGGCAUUCAACGCCAAUGCAGGCCUCGAAGUCAGCAAGUUCCCCGACCUCGGAAUGCUGCCUCACAAAAACUGCGCCGCCGUCCUGGCGUUUCUGAAAGAUCGCUACAUGCACGACUAUAUUUAUACGACUGCGGAUCCUCUUCUCGUGGCGAUCAACCCGUUCAAGGAUUUGAAAAACACAACGAAGGAGUGGCUGGACCAGUACCACACUGCGGCGGAUGUCGAGAAGCUCGCACCGCACGUCUUCCAAGUAGCCCGCAGGGCUCUCGAGCGACUCUCUCAAUUCCGGGAGAGUCAAACCAUCAUUGUCAGCGGGGAGUCGGGAGCAGGCAAGACUGAGGCCACGAAGCAGAUCAUGUCUUUCUUUGCCGCUGGAUCCAUCGGCAGUGAUGAUCGCAUUCAGAAUGCUGUCAUGGCCGCCAACCCCGUUCUGGAGGCGUUUGGCAACGCGAAAACCGUUCGCAACAACAACUCGAGUCGCUUUGGCCGCUUCAUGCAGUUCCAGCUGGGCGAGUACGGGGGGAUUCAGUUCGGCUCAAUCCGUAACUUCUUGCUAGAGAAAGUCCGAGUGACAAGCCAGGAACAGGAUGAGAGAUCCUACCACAUCUUCUACCAGCUGAUCAAGGGCGCGACGCCGGCGCAACGCAGCAACCUCGGCCUGCUCAAGCUCGAGGACUACGCGUACUUGACUAAAAGCGGAGGCUGCUGGGACUGCCCCGGGGUAGACGACGUAGCGUCGUUCAAGGAAGUGAAUCGGAGCUUCCAUGCCAUGGGGCUAACUGUGGAAGAAAUCGAGAGCAUCUGGUCCGCACUCUCAGGCGUUCUGCUGCUGGGGAAUGUGAACCUGGAGGCUCGGGAGAGCGCGGGCGAAGCGGAGGCUGCGGCAUUCUCUGCAGGCGCCGAAGCGACCCUCGAACGGUGCUGCAAGCUGCUCUGCGUCGAUUCCCGAGCGCUUCAGAAGGAACUCCGCUUUCGCGUCAAACUCAUCGGCGAUCAGGAGAUCGAGUCUCCGAACAGACUGACGGACGCACUCAUCAUCCGCGAUUCACUCGCGAAAGCGGUGUACGAGAAGCUUUUCGACUGGCUGGUUUGUCGUCUAAACUCGACGAUUGAACCGCCCCAAGGAUUCACCAUUUUCAUGGGAAUGUUGGAUAUUUUCGGUUUCGAGAUGUUCGAGCACAACUCCCUGGAGCAGCUCCUCAUCAAUAUCACCAACGAACAACUCCAGAGGAACUUCAUUAAGAUCGUCUUUGCCCGGGAGACAAAGCUCUACCGAGACGAAGGCAUUGGCAACGUGAAGAUCACUUGGACCGACAAUGAGGGCGUGAUAAAUGUUCUUUGCGGGAAAACAAACUCCGUUCUCUCCAUUCUGGAAGACAAAAGUCUCGCUCCCGGAGGCACAGACGAGGCCAUCGUCACGUCGAUGAACAAAGCGAUGGGAAGUCUCGACGAGUGGAAGCCGGGCAGAAAGAAUAUUCGAAUGUGCUUCAUUGUUUGCCACACAGUUGCCGACAUCCAGUACAACGCCACUGGCUUCAUUCAGAAGAACAAAGACCUCCUCAAGCCCGAGCUGUGUGCCCUCCUGCAGGCUUCUCCGAAUAGCGUGAUGAGCGCUCUGUUUGCAGGCGUCGUCGUGGAAAAGGGGAAGAUCGCGAAAGGGCAACUUCUCGCGUCGCAGUUCAUGCGGUCUCUGAACUCGUUGAUGGAGAUCAUAUCGAGCACCGGCUCCCACUUUAUCCGCUGCCUCAAGCCAAACGAAACGAAGAAGCCGCACGACUGGUUGAAUGGGAAGGUUCUUGCGCAGCUUUUCUCUCUCUCGAUCUUGGAAGCCCUCCAGCUGAGGAAUCUCGCCUACUCCUACAGGAGGCCCUUUGCGGAGUUUGUGGCUCAGUUUGAACAGUUGGACAUCACCAUUACGAAGAAGCCAGGGGACGCGCGCGAGAAAUCAAAGAUGAUCCUUGCUCGAGCGCGACUGAGUCAAGACCGAUGGACGCUUGGAAAAACAAUGGUGUUUUUGAAGGCCGACGCGGUUCGAGAGCUAACACAGAGAAUGAGAGCCAUGGUGGCGGCGUGGGAGCCUCUCGUCCGCAUUGUGGAGGCUUGCCAGCGCCGAAUCCUACAUUACCAGGGCAUCCACCGCAAUAUGAAACUUCUGGUUCGUAUCCAAGCCCAGGUUCGCAAGGCGCACACCAUCAUGGAAGGAGCCUAG